UUGCAGGGCUCAGCAGAUUCGUACACAAGCAGACCCUCAGACUCUGAUGUCUCCCUGGAAGAAGACAGGGAAGCAAUCCGCCAGGAGAGAGAGCAGCAAGCAGCCAUCCAGCUCGAGAGGGCCAAGUCCAAACCAGUAGCAUUUGCUGUCAAGACCAACGUGAGUUACUGUGGAGCUCUGGAUGAAGAUGUUCCUGUCCCAAGCACUGCCAUCUCUUUUGAUGCCAAGGACUUCCUACACAUUAAGGAGAAGUACAACAAUGACUGGUGGAUAGGGAGGCUGGUGAAGGAAGGCUGUGAGAUUGGCUUCAUCCCGAGCCCGCUGCGCCUGGAGAACAUCCGCAUCCAGCAGGAGCAGAAGAGAGGGCGAUUCCACGGAGGGAAAUCCAGUGGGAAUUCUUCCUCCAGCCUUGGGGAGAUGGUUUCUGGCACAUUUCGAGCCACGCCCACUGCCGCAGCAAAACAGAAGCAAAAAGUGACAGAACAUAUUCCCCCGUACGAUGUGGUGCCCUCAAUGAGACCUGUUGUCCUGGUGGGUCCAUCCCUGAAAGGCUACGAGGUGACAGACAUGAUGCAGAAAGCUCUGUUUGACUUCCUGAAGCACAGGUUUGAUGGGAGGAUAUCAAUAACGAGAGUGACAGCUGACAUUUCCCUUGCCAAGAGGUCUGUGCUCAACAAUCCCAGCAAGAGGGCAAUCAUUGAGCGCUCCAACACCAGGUCCAGCUUGGCUGAAGUGCAGAGUGAGAUCGAAAGGAUCUUCGAGCUGGCAAGGUCCUUGCAGCUGGUUGUGCUGGAUGCAGACACCAUCAACCACCCUGCACAGCUCAUCAAGACAUCUUUAGCACCAAUUAUUGUCCAUGUGAAGGUGUCCUCUCCCAAGGUCUUGCAGCGACUGAUCAAAUCCAGAGGGAAAUCCCAAAGCAAACACUUGAAUGUGCAGUUGGUGGCAGCUGAUAAACUUGCACAAUGUCCUCCAGAAAUGUUUGACGUCAUCCUGGAUGAGAACCAGCUGGAGGAUGCCUGUGAGCACCUGGCUGAGUACCUGGAGGCCUACUGGCGUGCCACCCACACCACCAGCAGCACCCCCAUGACCCCUCUCCUGGGCAGGAACUUGGGAUCCACUGCUCUCUCACCCUACCCUGCUGCCGUCUCUGGCUUACAGGCAUAGCUCAAACUCAGCUGAACUUUGACCCUUCCCUCGUGGCAUGUAAAUAGUCCUUAAUGAGAAGUACAUGUGCUUUGCUCAGUCUGAUAGCAG